UUCUCCUUCCAGGAAAAUGGCUGGGGGGCAUCCCUUGCCGAGAGACUGGUCAGAAAAUGUGAUGUUGUGAACCGUGGGCUCUCAGGGUACAACACCAGGUGGGCUAAAUUGAUCCUUCCAAGACUGAUCAGUAAAAGUACUGGUGCUGAGAGUACUGUUGCGGUUACUAUUUUCUUUGGAGCCAAUGACAGUGCUUUGAAAGAUCUGAACCCUAAGCAACACGUUCCUUUGGAGGAAUAUGCUGCGAACUUAAAGAGCAUGAUACAGUAUCUGAAGUCAGUAGACAUUACUGAAGACAGGAUUAUUUUGAUAACGCCACCACCUCUUCAGGAAUCAGCUUGGGAAAAGGAGUGUCUUGCCAAAGGUGACAAAUUAAAUCGCCGCAAUGCCACCACUGGGGAAUACGCCCAGGUCUGUGUUCAGGUAGCUAGGGACUGUGGAACGGAUGUACUUGACCUCUGGACACUGAUGCAAAAAAAUCAGGAUUUCUCUUCCUAUUUGUCUGAUGGGCUCCAUUUAUCAACAAAAGGCAACAGCUUUCUAGCAGCACAACUUUGGUCACGCCUGGAAAAAAAACUGUCUGCUCUUCCUUCACUGCUUCCUUAUUGGCGUGACGUGGACCAUACGAACCCCGAGGCCAGUCUUCUGUGAGAGCCCCUGCAGUAGCGAGGCGAAGCAGCCCAGCCUGACAAAGGCAGUCUGUUACAGCCGGUAUCCAGCAGCACGCUGCAAAC